AAUUGUGAGUGCUGAGUGUAGCAGUGGAUGGAUUUUACUCAACUAACUUCUUUUAUUUUGUUGAGUUCAAGUACUGAAUGCUAUAUACAUAUCCUUUUGUAUCCUUUAAAAUAACAAUUGUACUGAAUGCUAAAUAUAUUUGAGCAGGCAGAUCUCAGCAAACCAGAGACCAUACCUGCAACAUUGGUUGGCGUUCAUAUAGUCAUUGACUGUGCCACAGCGCGCCCAGAAGAGCCCAUAAAAACGGUAGACUGGGAAGGAAAAGUUGCUCUUAUACAAUGUGCAAAAGCAAUGGGAAUACAGAAGUAUGUAUUUUAUUCCAUUCACAACUGUGACAAGCACCCUGAGGUUCCACUGAUGGAAAUCAAGUAUUGCACAGAGAAGUUUCUGAAGGAUUCAGGCCUAACUCACAUCAUAAUCCGGUUGUGUGGUUUCAUGCAAGUAAAUUCACCUAAAUUGAAAGUUCUUACAAGUGAUACCGUUUUCUCUAUUCCGAUGACUGAGACUUAUAAUCUUCUUGGGGUGGACUUCAAAGAUAUAAUUACACUCGAGAAAUAUUUGCAGGAUUACUUCACAAACAUAUUGAAGAAAUUGAAGGACCUGAAAGCACAAUCAAAGCAGAGUGAUAUUUUCAUACGAAGGAAUAUCAUUUUGUUAUUGUAAAUGAAGACACGUCAUUAUAUCAUUAAAUGAUCUUACUAUGUUAGUAAAGUGAGAUGAUAAAACUAUAUCUUAUAAACAUUUACUG